AUGCCGUAUACAACUAUCUCUUCUAGACAGCUUUUGAAAAAGGAACUUGAUCCCAUUCUUCAGAAUGGAACGAGUUUAGAUAAUAAAACUCAUGCUCCGGGGAUUAUUUAUGGUGUUACAAAUGAGAAAGAAACCGUCUACUUGAAUCAUUCUGGAUAUCUCAACCUGGAAACAAAGGACUCUGUUAACAACGAUUCCAAAUUUGCCAUGUUAUCGGCUACAAAGCCAAUUUCGACAUUGGCUAUUCUUCAAUUAGUUGAUCGUAAUUUGGUUGACUUGGACACUCCAGUUGAGAAAUACCUACCUAGGUUUGCUUCUGUUGCAAUUUUUAAAGGUGGAAACGGUGAUAAAGCUUUUUCAAAGCCAAAAAAGAAGGCAACUCUCCGACAAUUAUUGACACACACAGCAGGUUUCGCUUACAGUUUCACUAACAAGGAUUAUCUUGAAACCCUAUUAAGUACUGGGCAACCAAAUUUAUUUGGCAGCGACACCUCCACAUUUGAUGCAACUUAUCUUACUUUUGAGCCAGGAACUGAUUGGAGCUAUGGUAUGGGUUUAGAUUGGGCUGGAUUGGUUUUAGAAGAAGUUACGGGUCUUUCCCUAGGGGAAUUCAUUAGGAUCAACAUACUAGAACCAGCCAAGAUGAACAACACCACUUUCAAAGUGACCAAAUCUGAAAAGAAUCUUAUGCUUAUACACGUUCGAGAUGACAAUCGUAUGAAAGUCUUUGAUCUCCAAUAUCCUCGUGAAUCCAAAAUUGAUAUGGCAGGACAUGGAUUGUUUGGUACUGUUGACGACUACCUCAAGUUUAUUAGAAUUUGGUUAAACAAGGGUAAAACGGAAGAAGGUGUUCAGCUUAUUAGUGAACAACUCUGGGAAAUUGCAGUUCAGAACAAUUUGCCUAAAGGCACUACAAUUAAGAACUUGGAUGCUUUUCAAGAGAACUUGUGUGGUCCAAUUGUAUUUCCUCCAGACUGCUCUUGGAGUUUAGGAUUCUGUAGAAAUGGUUCUGAUUUCCACACUGGAAGAAAGAGUGGAUCUCUUUGGUGGUGUGGUGUUUCAAAUUGCUACCUUUGGAUAGAUUUGAAGAGCAAAUUGGGAGGCUUCUAUGCGACACAAGUAUUCCCAUAUGGUGAUCCAUCUAGUGAAACAAAUUAUGUCUUAGAAAAAGCUGUUUAUGACAAUUUGAAAUAA